AGAUUAUUUUGAGUAAUAGUCAACAAAGUGUUGGGUUCCUUACACAUCAUGUAAAAGGAGCAUUGAUUGGAAAUAGGGAAAUAAAAAAUGAAAUUAGAACUGGUGAGAUGGAUCCAUAUCUCCAAGGAUUGUUUUCAUAUGUCAACUAUUGGUCAGCAAGACCAGAUAAUUUUUGGUGUGAACAAUGUUGCUGUCCAAGCUUUAUUAUAUCUAUGGCUGGAUCUUGGCUAAUGGUCUCUG